CAGUGAUAAUCUUCGAUCGUAUUUAAAGGUCUCUCCGAUUGCGCUCGCGAUCAGUUUGUUGCGGCACUUUAGCCUCGAGAUUAGUUCCAGCUCCGGUCCGAUCCAAUUUGUCGUUUCCAGGUUCGAGGUCGAAAACGCAAAGUCGGGGCUAGUGUGAUUAACUGUGUUGUGAAUUACACUUAGUGCGCCAAGUGGGAAAUAUCCCCGCAAAAUGAAGUCAACAUUACGAAUUGGGGAUUUUGGAGUUUUUUUGGCUACCUGCCUGCUGUCGUUUACAGUUCUGGAAACUGUUCAGGCUCAACAAAGUUGCAGAAAUCCAAACCAGAACAGGGGCACGUGUAUAUCUAUUUAUGAUUGCCCAAGUUUGUUCUCCGUGGUCCAAAAAAACCCCCUGUCUUCCGAAGAUCGCAAUUUCCUUGUUAGUUCUAAAUGCAUCAAUGGAGUUGGUCGUCAACCGCAUGUAUGCUGUACAAAUGACAGGGGAUUCGGUGUCCAGGAGAGUACUCCACAGCCUUCUCCGGUGACUCCAACUCCCACUCGCAAUAGCGGUCCGAAUGGUCCGCAAGGUCAGGGAAACCUGCUGCCAUCGCCACCCAAUUGUGGACCAAAUUCUUUUAUGAAUAAGAUUUACAAUGGCAAUGAUACAGCUCUCGAUGAGUUCGUCUGGAUGGCUCUUCUGGAAUAUGUAGAUCGUACUGGACGUCGGGAACUAAGCUGUGGCGGCAGCUUAAUCAACAAUCGCUAUGUUUUGACUGCUGCCCAUUGUGUGAUUGGUGAAGUUUUAAAGGAAGUGGGAAGACUCACCACAGUUCGCUUGGGUGAGUAUGAUACAAGCAAGGACUUGGAUUGCAUUGAUAACAAUUGCAACCAGCCAAUAAUUGAAAGGAGCAUUGAGGAAACCAUUGUACAUCCCGAGUAUGAUCCGCUCAAUAAGGAUCGCACCCACGACAUAGCUCUCUUGCGCCUUGAUCCUCCUGUCCUGCUGAAUGAAUACAUCCAGCCAGUGUGUCUCCCUUUGGUCAGCACCCGACAGGCCAUCAACACUGGAGAACUGUUGGUGGUAAGCGGAUGGGGACGUACAACCACAGCCCGGAAGAGCACCAUCAAGCAGAAACUAAACCUGGCUGUAACCGAUCAUGCCACCUGCCAGAGAAAGUUUGCCACGCGGAAUAUCAAACUGAUUGAAUCGCAGCUGUGCGCGGGCGGAGAAUACUACAAGGACAGCUGCGACGGAGACUCAGGCGGACCGCUAAUGCGAGAAGGCUUCAACAAUGCCUGGUACCAGGAGGGCGUGGUUUCGUUCGGAAAUCGGUGCGGUCUGGAGGGAUGGCCAGGUGUUUACACCCGAGUCUCUGACUAUGUAGACUGGAUCCAGGAGACCAUUCGACCCUGAG